AUGGAUCAAGACAAUGACCAAGAGAAUAAAUCUGAUGCAUCAGCAGAUGUUCCGCUGAAACGCAGACGUGGGAAUACCCGUAUCCGACCUGGAUUUGAAGGGGUGAACGGAAAUCAACCCCGUCAAGCAAAUUCAAUCAAUGAUGCAAAUGAUAUAAUGGUGGGUCAUUCUGUUUAUAGUAUUAUUGAGGCAGCAUUUGUUGCAGGAUAUUUGCUCACUGUUAGCGUUGGUAACUCUGACACCACUUUAAGGGGUGUGGUUUUCAAGCCUGGCCAUUUUGUUCUUGUUUCAGCUGAGAAUGAUGUGGCACCAAAUGUUCAAAUGAUCAGAAGAAAUGAGAUUUCCUUCCCAAGGGAGAGGAAUGAGCAGCAUGUCAAUUCUCAUAGAAAUGGAUCUGCUCAUUCAUUCAAUGAACCGGUUGUUGUCAACCAGGUGCCUCCAGCCUGGUUUUCAAACCUUGAAGGCUCAAAAAGCAAACAUGUGCAGUCGGUGUCAACACAAUCUGCUUCUCCACUAAUGACCAGAGGCAUUGUGGUGCCCGUUGUGCUCCAAACUGCUAAUUUAUCAAACCGCGAAUCAGUUUCCAACCAACCAUCUCUGGUUGCAAGCCGACCAGCUCAUUUGGUGGCCUCUAAAGGCAAACAAGUGUCUGAAGCUGCUGAUACAUCAAAUGAGGGAAAACCCACCAACCAGAUGCCAACAGUUAGAAAUCAAAUAUUUCCUACUCAAUCUCUAAGUAGUAACCACAGCAUGCCAAAAGGCAUACAAAGUGAAACUGUUUCAUAUAAUCAACCCGCAACAGAGUUUUUUCUGGAGACAGAAGCCAUGUCAAUGACUGGCAUGCCUUUUGAAAAACUAUUAACUGUAGUCAUGAAAAGAACUCAAGUACCCCCACAACCAUCGGAGGCUCAAGGUGGUAAUUUGUUGGUCAAAGAUUCUGGACACAACCUGGAAGAUGAUCAGCCACUCUCUAUUGAACCAAUGCAAGCUGUACAGCCUGCUCAUUCUUCUUCUGUGCUCAAACAUUUGGAAAAUUUUCGAACUGAAAAGAUGACUGAGCUGCUGAAGGCUGUUCGGAAAACAAGAGGGAAACUCAAGCAUCUCGCACUGAAGAGCUAG